CAAACCCCUUAAAGAAGGAGAAAAAAACCACAAUCUUUUCACAACCUUUAUCAUUUUCUUUCACACCCAUUUGUUGUUCACCUUUUAUUUCUCAAGAUGAGGUCAAUCAUGGCUGCCAAAACCCCUCAAGAUUCUUCCUUUUCAUUCUCAAGAAGAUACUUCCAUUGGAAAAAGAAGGUUGAAGAUGAAGAUGAUGAAGAAGAAACCCUCAAUUUCCAUUCAUCAUCACUUGCAUGUGUUGUCACCGAGGAGGACGUCAAUCUUGACGACCAUCUUAACCCCCGGGUGCCUCAGAAGGCACCCAGGAGAAAGAAACCGAUUUUUGUAUCGGUUUCUAAACUUCGUUCAGCUCUUACUUUCCGUAAGAGCCGAACAGGUCCUGGUCUGGGAAAGACCAGAACCAUGAUGGGCACACUUUUUGGGUAUAGACGUGGACACGUCCACGUCGCGUUCCAAGAGGACCCGAAGCUCGGCCCGGCCUUUCUGGUCGAGCUAGCCACCUCGACCAGCUUCCUGGUCCGGGAAAUGGCGUCGGGCCAGGUUCGGAUCGCGUUGGAAUGCGAUAAAAUGACUGAGAAGAAGGGUUUUAAGCUGUUAGAUGAGCCACUUUGGAGGACAUAUUGUAAUGGCAAGAAAUGUGGUUAUGCAAUGAGGCGUGAUUGUGGGCCGGAUGAAUGGAAAGUGUUCAAUUCUGUUGGGCCGAUUACCAUGGGCGCCGGAGUGUUACCAGACAGCGGCGGAGGCGGCGGUGGUGGUGAAGGUGAGUUGAUGUAUAUGAGAGCAAGGUUUGAGAGGAUUGUGGGGUCAAAAGAUUCUGAAGCAUUUUACAUGAUGAAUCCUGAUAGCAAUGGAGGACCAGAACUAAGUAUUUAUCUUAUUAGAGUUUGAGAUUUGGAUAUUCAAAACUCAGGUUUAUGUAAGAUUGUAAGUCUUGGGCUUUCAGAUAUAUCAUAUAUUAUCAAGAUUUGGUACUUCAUGUAGGUUUUUUUUUUUUUGGGCUAAUAUAUGUAUCUAGAUUCUAGAAGUUAAAUAUAUACACCUCAUAUUUGAAAAAAAAGAUUUAUUUUGGAUGUU